GAAAAGGAGGCGAGGAGGGCUUUGAAGGCGAGCCUAAGGAGCUUGGGCUUUUAGCUGGUCAGUGGACACAAAGCCAUAUAUUAUGCGAUAGGUAUUAAAGAGCAGCAACGCCUCCUGCAGUAUCUACUGUUCUUGUGUGGCCGGCCGGCCCGGCCGCUUUGCCCUGGUCUCGGUCAAGCCCGAGGUGGCGGCCUAGAGGCUUGAUGGACACGGUCGGCCUGAUCCUUCGUGGUCUUCCAGCUUCCUGUUCGCCGCCCAUUCCAGGUCCAGGAAGGCGGCAGCUUGUACCCCAGAUCACUACAAACAAAUUGCACCAGAGAAAAUGCUGAAGUAGGAGUUACAGAAACAUUGGAUUUGCUGGAUGAAAUACAAGCAGUUAAUUUUUGUAACGUGGGGAGAAAGCCCAGAUUGACAGAUUAAUGUGUAAAUCACUGCGUUAUUGCUUUAGUCAUUGUCUCUAUUUAGCAAUGACAAGACUGGAAGAAGUAAACAGAGAAGUGAACAUGCAUUCUUCAGUGCGUUAUCUUGGCUAUUUAGCCAGAAUUAAUCUACUGGUUGCUAUAUGCUUAGGUCUUUAUGUAAGAUGGGAAAAAACAGCAAAUUCCUUAAUUUUGGUAAUUUUUAUUCUUGGUCUUUUUGUUCUUGGAAUUGCCAGCAUACUCUAUUAUUAUUUUUCAAUGGAAGCAGCAAGUUUAAGUCUAUCCAAUCUUUGGUUUGGAUUCUUGCUUGGCCUCCUGUGUUUUCUUGAUAAUUCAUCCUUUAAAAAUGAUGUGAAAGAAGAAUCAACCAAAUAUUUGCUUCUGACUUCCAUAGUAUUAAGGAUACUAUGCUCUUUGGUGGAGAGAAUUUCUGGUUAUGUUCGUCAUCGACCCACCUUACUAACCACAGUUGAAUUUCUGGAACUUGUUGGAUUUGCCAUUGCCAGCACAACUAUGUUGGUGGAAAAGUCUCUGAGUGUCAUUUUACUUGUUGUAGCUUUGGCCAUGCUGAUUAUUGACCUGAGAAUGAAGUCUUUUCUAGCUAUUCCAAACUUAGUUAUUUUUGCAGUCUUGCUGUUUUUCUCCGCAUUGGAAACUCCCCAAAAUCCAGUUGCUUUUGCAUGUUUUUUUAUUUGCCUGAUAACUGAUCCUUUCCUUGACAUUUAUUUUAGUGGACUUUCAGUGACUGAAAGGUGGAAACCCUAUUUGUACCGUGGAAGAAUUUGCAGAAGACUUUCUGUUGUUUUCACUGGGAUGAUUGAGCUUACAUUUUUCAUUCUUUCAGCAUUUAAACUUAGAGACACUCAUCUCUGGUAUUUUGUAAUACCAGGCUUUUCCAUUUUUGGAAUAUUCUGGAUGAUUUGCCAUAUUAUUUUUCUUUUAACUCUUUGGGGAUUCCAUUCCAAAUUAAAUGACUGCCAUAAAGUAUAUUUUACUCACAGGGUAGAUAACAAUAACCUAGAUCGAAUCAUGGCAUCCAAAGGGAUGCGCCACUUUUGCUUAAUUUCAGAGCAGUUAGUUUUUUUUAGUCUUCUUGCAACAGCAAUUUUGGGAGCAGUUUCCUGGCAGCCAACAAAUGGAAUCUUCUUGAGCAUGUUUCUGAUUGUUUUGCCAUUGGAAUCUAUGGCUCAUGGCCUCUUCCAUGAAUUGGGUAACUGUUUAGGAGGAACAUCUGUUGGAUAUGCUAUUGUGAUUCCCACCAACUUCUGCAGUCCUGAUGGUCAGCCAACACUUCUUCCACCAGAACAUGUACAGGAGUUAAAUUUGAGGUCUACUGGCAUGCUCAAUGCUAUCCAAAGGUUUUUUGCAUAUCACAUGAUUGAGACCUAUGGAUGUGACUAUUCUACAAGUGGCCUGUCCUUUGAUACUCUACAUUCCAAACUGAAAGCUUUCCUUGAACUUCGGACUGUGGAUGGACCUAGACAUGAUACGUAUGUUUUGUAUUACAGUGGGCACACCCAUGGUACAGGAGAGUGGGCUCUUGCAGGUGGAGACAUACUACGCCUUGACACACUUUUAGAAUGGUGGCGAGAAAAGAAUGGUUCCUUCUGUUCCCGACUUAUUAUCAUAUUAGACAGUGAGAAUUCAACCCCCUGGGUGAAAGAAGUGAGAAAAAUCAAUGACCAGUAUAUUGCAGUGCAAGGAGCAGAGAUGACAAAAACAAUAGAUAUUGAAGAAGCUGACCCACCGCAGCUGGGUGACUUUACAAAAGACUGGGUAGAAUAUAACUGCAACUCCACUAAUAACAUCUGCUGGACUGAAAAGGGACGCACAGUGAAAGCAGUGUAUGGCGUGUCAAAACGGUGGAGUGACUACACUCUGCAUUUGCCAACAGGAAGCGAUGUGGCCAAGCACUGGAUGUUGUACUUUCCUCGUAUUACAUAUCCACUAGUGCAUUUGGCAAAUUGGUUGUGUGGUCUGAACCUUUUUUGGAUCUGCAAAACUUGUUUUAGGUGCUUGAAAAGAUUAAAAAUGAAUUGGUUUCUUCCUACCGUGCUGGACACAGGACAAGGCUUCAAACUUGUCAAAUCUUAAUUUGGAACCCAAAAUGGAAUAUUGUUGGGAGUUCAUUCUACCAGUUAUCACUAACUUGCCAUUUUUUGCAUAUUGUAUUUUUAUUUGUAAAAAAUAUCUUGUUACUUCUGUA